AUGAUUGCAUUAGAUAUCAUUGUGAUAGCUAUUCAAGGCCUACCAGCCGACCCUUUAUUUACGUUGACCUCAUCACCGAUGGAUGUGACCCCACAUCAAAAUACGAACAUCAUUGUGGUUUUUGUCGCCUGUUUUAUGCGAUGUAUAAUUUUGUUACGAAGUCAACGUGGACUUUAUGAAAAAUUGUGGAGAACCACUUCGUGCCGAGUCCUGAUAAAUCAGUCUAUACCGCAUCGGGCAGACAUGUGA